GGCUACUGUGACAAGUUUACUUCAUAGAUGGCGGCUCACUGUAUUCAUGAAUGAGGAAAGGCUUCAAGUAAGCCUGGCUUACUUUAACACAUGUUUUUGACAACACCAGUCAAUAUUAUUUUUUUGAUAUUGUGAUUUUUAUUUAUUUAUUUAUAUUGUUUUCACUAAUUUAAUCAUGAAUGAAGAAGAGAUUAAAACUCAACGUAAAUCAUGGGAAUUGGAAGACCAUUGGCAAUUAAGGAACGCGUUCAUGACUACUUACUGUGAUACUUUUCCUCCGGACAAAUUGCUGUGUUUGGCUCAAACAUUUGUUAAUGUUGAAACUCUUGGUGUCAAAUACAGUCCAGAUGUUAUGGAAGAGAUCGAGAGAUUGGCGGAAAACGUGCCUAAUCUAGCCGAGUACCGAGCUACUAAAGAAAGAAGAGACGAGGAAAGUGCAGAGCGAAAAAAGACGCGGAAACAGGAAAAGAAAAAUUUCAAGGUUCCAAGAUAUGAUCGGAAUAAUCAACGAGACUAUUAUCCUCAAAAUUGUUGGUCAAGGCGAUAACCUGUCCACUGGUUCCCAGUAAAAGUGCCACACAGACAGAGAUAUAAAGUGCGUUGGUUGUUAAAAUUUUCCAAUCAGGAUGAACCAAUGGAGCAAGCAUUUCCAAAACCCGAACAAAUCGACGUAAUUCCCUGUAGACGGAGGAUACAAAAAAAUCAACUAUAAAUAUUUCAUAUUUUGUCUUCAACUGUCAACUGGUUUGAUUAUAAACCUCGGAAAAAAAUCAUUAUAAAAACCUUUUGUUCAUUUCUGUUAAGGCUCUGACAUUAAACACUUUUUGUUUACACUCAUUA